AUGGCAGUGAAAGUAGGAACUCCAUGUUUAAAUUGGUCACACCCUUCAAUUCCCCAAUCACCAUCUUCUUCUCGAACUUUAGCCUCUGCAUUUUCGUCCCCAUCUAUAGUAAGACGUAGUAUUAUUAGCAGUGAUGGAGCUUUGGUGCGCCGCUAUGUGCACCGGUUGGAUAGGUCGGCGUUUUUUGGGACUCAUCAAUCGUCUAAGUUGUACCGGUCUAGAUCUUUUGAGCAUUUGAAAUCCCGGGACCAACCUCUCCGACGAGCAUGCAGUGCCAGCUGUGUUUCGUUUUCUGAUGAAGAAUUUUCGAAGAACAUUAAAGAGGUGGCUCUUAGAUUUCAAUUAUCUGACGAUGAAGACGAAAGUUUAAGGACACACGAUGCUACGUUUGAAGCAGAGCAGGGUAUGCUCCUGGAUUUUGUCAAAACGAGGUGUGAAAAUGUUGAUGUUAUUUCCAAUGGUGAAAACAAAUUUUUAGAAUAUCAGUCGUUUGAGCCUUUAAAACCUCCAGAUUUUCCUGAAAGAGAUGAGAUAAUUUCCGCAAAUAUUGAGAGGAGGGCGAAUAGAGUUGAAAUUCCAUUAUCCCUUAGAAUGAUAAAGCGGAAAAAGCAAUGGCAAGAAGGUUUUAGGGAAGCAGGAGAGUCGGCAUACUGCUCUGUAAACAAAGCUUUUUCGUCCAUGGUGUUUAUAAUUCAGGAGCUGCAAAGUUAUACUUUGCAAAUGAGGGAAAUUUUGUUUUAUGAAGAUUUACAAGGGAUUUUGGUGCGGGUUCAGAAGGAGAUGCGUGCGUCCUUUGUGUGGUUGUUUCAGCAAGUGUUCUCACAUACGCCAACUUUGAUGGUGUAUGUGAUGAUACUUCUUGCAAAUUAUAGUGUUUAUUCUAUGGGGACUAACGCCGCUAUAGCAGCCACUCCACCGGUCCAUGCUUAUGGAGCCACCACAGAAUCUGUUUCGGUGGUAGAAGAUCAGAGUCGGGUCGAGCAAAAGUUUGAUUCAUCGGCUGUUAAAACAUUUAAAUUAUCCUCAUCAAAUGGGAAAAUCACAUCAAUUGGGGGAGGUAAUGGUGGUGGUGGGAAAUACAGGCCGGUUGGGAGUGGUACAGAUGGAGACGGGAGGUUUGAUGAAUCGGGAUAUCACGGGACUGUUGUUCCUGACGAGGUGUCCUCAGUAGGGAAUCCCUCAAGAACAGGUGAAGAAGAGUCAAUAUCUGGGCAAGUGGCCAGUGAAGAAGAUGUGAGUUUGUGGAAUUCAAUGGUGGAAGAAGCUUCUAGAAUGCGGGCUGCAACAAGUGGUGAAGCAUUGGAUCAUGAGUUGAGGCAAAGACUUGUGUCCCCAGUGAACGCAGAGAUUGAAGCUGAUGAUUAUGCAGAGUAUUUUAGGACUGAGUUGCUAUAUCAAACAGGAUUGGCUCGAGAGCCCUAUAAUGCUCUUCUGCUCGCUAAUUUUGCUCAAUUUCUCUAUUUGGUCGUCCAAGAUUAUGACAGAGCGGAAGACUACUUCAAGAGAGCUGCAGAGGUGGAGCCAAAGGAUGCAGAAGCCUUGAACAAAUAUGCAAACUUCCUCUGGCAGGUAAAGAAGGAUCUUUGGGCUGCUGAGGAAACCUACUUGGAAGCCAUUGCCGCGGAACCCAGCAAUUCCUAUUAUGCAGCUAAUUAUGCCCAUUUCCUUUGGAAUACCGGUGGGGAAGACACUUGUUUUCCUCUAAGCUCCCCCAACUCCUCCACCGAAGUUUAA